AGCACGCCCGUCUUGCGCAACAUAGCCGGACCCCAACGCGGAAUGCUGUAGUGUUAUUAGGUGCUACCUUGCUAGGUAUAUAUAUAAUGUAGGGGGCGGGUGUGGUCGCUUUGCUGGACAACCUACCUACUUUCCAUUUUACUCACACAACACACACCUCAACCCUUGGCUUUUUCUCUCCUAUUGGUAAUUCAACCUUCAAGCAUCUAACCGUUAAGAAAAAACCACACCAGUCGCCAUGGUGUCCAUCAAGACCGUCGCCGUGCUAGGGGGCACGGGCAACCUAGGCCCGUUCAUCGUGCAGGAGCUCGUCGCGGCCGGCUUCACCGUAACAGGCGUGACGCGCGCCGGGUCGACCAACUCGACGCCCAAGUUUCCCGAUGGGCUCGCGAUCAAGAGCGUCGACUACGAGUCGGUCGCGGACCUGACAGCAGCGUUCGCGGGACAGGACGCCGUGGUGUCUGUGGUGGCGACGGCGGGGAUCGCGGCGCAGAAGGUCGCCGUUGACGCGGCGGUGGCCGCUGGCGUGCGGCGCUUCGUGCCGUCCGAGUUCGGCAUCAACACGCGCCGCGUCGGCGGCACGCCCAUCGGCGCCAUCCUCGCUGGCAAGAUCGCCAUUGUCGACUACCUAAAAGAGCAGGCGGCUGCGCACCCGGCCUUCUCGUGGACCGGCCUGUCGACGGGCCUGUUCUUCGACUGGGCCCUCGAGCGCGGAACACUAGGCUUCAGCGUCAAGGACAAGACGGCGAUAGUAGUCGACUCGGGCAACGAGAAGUGGCAGGCGAGCAACCUGCCGCAGAUCGGGCAGGCGGUGGCGGGGAUCCUGUCCCACCCGGACGCAACAGCGAACCAGUACCUAGGAUCCGCAUCGUUCAACCUGUCGCAGAACGAGCUGAUCGCGCUGGUGGAGGAGCUGGCGGGCACGAAACUGGCCGUGACGCGGGUCGCGUCGGCCGACAUCCAGAAGAAGGGCGAGGAGAAGCUCGCGCAGGGCGACUUCCGCGCGUUCAUCGACUUCCUGCACGUGCACAACUUCGCCGACGGUGCUGGCAACGCGCUUGCGCCUGCUGAUAGUGCUAACGAGCUCGUCGGGCUGCCGUACGAGGACCUACGGGCGACCGUCGAGAGCUGGCUCAAGAAGGCGGGCGCGCUGUAGUGUCCUUAUGAUUCUCUCUUCACUUACCUAGCUAAUUAGAUAUGUACCUGUGUAUCUAGGUAAUUACUAUCAAAGCAGGCGCGUGGCUUGAAACAAAGGCAAGCAGGAUAAUAGAAGCCACUAUGGAAC